AUGGACCCCCGUCGGCUCACCUGGGCGCUGGUGCUGCUGGGCCCGGCCUUGGCGCUCGCCCUACGCCCUGUCCCCGUCCAGGAAGCGCCCGAGAAGCUCUGCGGCCACCACUUCGUGCGCGCGCUGGUGCGGCUGUGCGGGGGCCCGCGCUGGUCCCCCGAGGAUGGGCGACAUGUGGCUGGCGGCGACCGUGAGCUGCUACAGUGGCUGGAAGGACAACAUCUCCUCCACGGGCUGAUGGCCAGUGGGGACCCCAUGCUGGUACUCGCCCCACAGCCCCUGCCCCAGGCCUCUCGCCAUCACCACCACCGCCGUCGCCGGGCAGCUGCCACCAACCCUGUCCGUCACUGCUGCCUCAGUGGCUGCACCCGGCAAGACCUGCUGACCCUCUGUCCCCACUGA